CAUGACAGCGGGAUCAGUGUCUGUUCCUACAAUCCUACCGUUACGUCCUCCAACGCGCAGCAAACUUGAUAUCGACACGAACACACUAAUCGAGCUGCAAACAGACACAAAUGGCGCCAACAUCUACUACACAGUGAAUGGCCAGAAACCGGACCCUUUCCAAAAGCUUGGUGAAAGGCAUACCGACGUCUACGAACGUCCAUUCACGUUGAUUGAAGGGAAGCAAACUGUCAAAGCAAUGGCCCUUUUGAGCAACCCAGUUCGGGCGUCAUCUGUAGUUACGAAGACAUUUAGAGUGACAGCAGCUGAAGGAAAUGAGUCUGAAGAUGAUGGUUUGGGUGAAAUUGGUCACUUAGAUUCUGUUGGAAGUCACACAGGGAACAAGGUGGAGAGUCUUCAGUUAGGAGGGCAAAUUUUGACGCAACCGCGAUUUUUGAAUUCUAGGCUUGGUGCUGUUUCCCGACAGUCUACAGAGUCUGCAGUGUCUCCAAUGCCACAACUCCCAUCAAACUUACAACCUGCAUCAUCAAAAUCAGACGCAGAGAAGCUCCUCAAGCAAACAGACUACCUCAGGUGUGUUCAGUGCUUUGCUCCUCGUCCGUCAGAUCCGUAUGCUCGUUUUUGUCCUAACUGUGGUGCAGUCGUACCUCUUCUUCCAACAUCAAGACAAGCUCCUCCACAGUCAGGAAUGAUGGGCACGUGUCUUAAAUGCCAGUCUCCUGUGCCUCUUACUGCUCCAUCAUGUUUAGUGUGUGAAGCUCCGCUUCAGCCACAACUUCAACCUCAAGCAAGUAGGCGGCUACAAGCGCGUCUGCUAUGCUGCCAUUGCAGUAGCGUUAAUCCUUCUCACAUGGAGUUUUGCGUAACAUGUGAAUCACGUUUGCAAGAACAAGGAAAGCUUGGUAAUGUGUUUAAUGGCUUAGCACCUGAACCUCCUCCGUUCACGUACAGAACAAAGUGCAGUAAGUGUGGUCGUCUUAACGCUGGAGAUGCAAGGUUUUGCGAUUGGUGUGGCAACAAGAACUUCAAAUCUCAGCAGCCAGUUUCCUGUUUGAAAUGUGCUGCUAGCAACAGUGCUUCUGCUCGAUUCUGUUUAUCAUGUGGCUCUCGCAUAGAACCUCCUAACUCACAGCCGGAAAAGCAGGAAUUGACGUGGGCAUCUGGUUCAACAUCUGCUAAACACAAUACAAGAUCACAAGGCAGUCAAACUGAAGGCCUAUUCUUCAAGUCUGCACGAGCAUUAGAGAGUGCAUCUAAAGCUGAAGAACAGGCGAGAUCUCAACGUGAGGCUGGCAGAGACAGGAGACUCCAGUUGACAACAUACAGUCCUGGGAGAGGUUUUUGGAGACAGCAGGUUGAACAUGUAUGUUCACAUCUGAAGGCAUACGCACAAAACUCUCAGGAUUUCCAGAAGGCAAUAGGGCAACCACAAAUGGGAAAGCUGACUGCUGCUACUGUUCAUGAUGAUGGCAAUGAAGUGACACUUACUAUCACAUAUCCACUCAAAGAUGUCAAGGGACGGCCGCUGAGUGCUGCUAAUCCUCAAGCAUCGCAGGCUCUUCUUAGUACACUGGUGGACAGUAAUGGCUACAAUUUUAAACAGUCAAGUUCUCUCAGUUUACUCAGUGAAACUAGCAGCCUCAACUUCGAUGAUAACGAAAUUGAAUCAACUACAAAAACUAAGAAAAAAACAAGACGGAAAACAAAACCAAGCAAGGAUUUGUUGUCGUCUGAAACUCAGCUGGUAUUUCGUGAAGUGAACAGCACGGGUCAAGGACGACUAGAGACGGUGGAACGUCUUAUUGACAAGGGUGCUGAUCCUAAUCGUCUUAAUAAGGAAGGCCUUUCUGCUGUUGCAGUAGCAGCAGUUAAUGACCAUCAUGAUUGCAUUCGAGUUCUAGUUGAGAAAGGAGCAGAUAUCAACCUUAAGAUGAGGAAAGGAAAUACGGCAUUGCACGAGACUGUGCUGGGUGGACCUCGACAUGUUGACAGCAUUGAGGUGUUGCUGGGAUGUCAUGCUGAUGCCGAUAUCACCAACACAACUGGCGACAAGCCGUAUGACAUUGCUGUGAGGAAGGGUUAUGAGGCGAUUGUAAAGUGCUUUGUGACAAACAUUGGUGUCAACCUGCUGGGUAAGAUGACUAAACCUACCAGUUUUACAUUGUAGAUAACACAAGUUAAUGUGAGUAUAUCACAUUUUAAAUAGAAUCGUAGAUGUGACAGAUAAUGCUUUUAUAAUGCUUUUGCAGUUGAGUUAAUGUGUGCACAUGUAAUGGAAUUUUGGUUAUUAGUUCUACAUACAAACUGAAGGCACUUAGA